CCGAGCUGCAGCCUCCAGCUGUCCCUGGGUUGGGACUCGAGCCUGGAGACUUAAUUCCGGAUCUUGGGGGCUCCACCUGAUGCUCAAGCUGGUCCAUCUCCGCCGCGCCCUGGACCUAUUGCUGAGAUCCCCGUCCGAUCUCCUACCCCCUUCCCUCCGGGAUCCCUCCGGUCUGCCGGAGUCUCUGACUCUCCUGGCUCUCUCGCGGUCUCCGCCUGUCACUCACGCUCCUCUCUGGCUUUGGACGCUUCCUGACCUUCCUUCCUCUGAACCCUAGGCCAGCAAGGACCCUUCCUGCAGAUAGGUCUCUCCCCAGCCCCUUCCCGAUGAAUUUCUGCAUGCUCUUUCAGACCUUACUCAAGUGACUUAUCAGUCACUGUCCCCUUUAAGGUUCCUGGUCCCCAAAGUUUGCUACUUCUUUUCCCCUAACGCUUGAAUCCCUUUGGCUUCGUUCCCCACUGAUCUCCAAAUUCCAGAACUUCCUGACCCCUUGACUUCUAACGCUAAAGACUCCUUUCCUUCUGUUCCUCUGAACUUGAACCUUUUCUGACACCCACCCUCUCUUCCCUUAUCUAUACUUGCUUCCUCCCUCCAGUCCCCAACACUUCCCUCAACCGGGCAUCUACCCUUCUGUCGAUUUCUUGACUUCUGAUUCAGCUCCUACAGCCUGCUUGGAGCCAUGGACUUCCUGCUGAGUGGUCUGGCUGCCUGUGGGGCCUGUGUAUUUACCAACCCCUUGGAAGUGGUGAAAACCCGAAUGCAAUUGCAGGGCGAGCUCCAAGCACCAGGCUCUUACCAGCGACACUACCGAAAUGUCUUCCAUGCCUUCUUCACCAUUGGGAAAGUGGAUGGGGUGGCUGCCCUGCAAAAAGGCCUGGCCCCUGCCUUAGUAUACCAGUUCUUAAUGAAUGGGAUAAGGCUGGGGAUCUAUGGGCUGGUGGAAGCUAGGGGUCUUUUCCUUGACUCCAAUGGGAACCACAGCCCUGGCCGUAGUGCUCUUGCCGGGGGCAUUGCUGGAGUUAUUGGUGCCUACGUAGGGAGUCCCAUCUACAUGGUGAAGACACACCUUCAGGCACAAUCAGCCUCUGAGAUUGCAGUUGGGCAUCAAUAUAAGCACCAGGGUAUGUAUCAAGCACUAUCUGUGAUUGCAAGAAAGCAGGGCCUAUGGGGUUUAUGGAGAGGGGCAUUGGGAGGACUCCCUCGAGUUAUAGUCGGCUCCUCCACUCAGCUCUGCACCUUCUCAUCCAUCAAAGAUCUUGUGGCCCAGUGGGAGGUGUUUCCACCACAGAGCUGGAAACUUGCUCUGGUUUCAGCAAUGGUGAGUAGCAUGGCUGUGGUCCUCGCCAUGACACCCUUCGAUGUGAUCAGCACCAGGCUCUACAACCAACCCACAGAUGCCCAUGGCAAGGGUCUGAUGUAUCGGGGGCUACCAGAUGCAUUGAUGCAGACAAUUCGGACAGAGGGCAUUUGGGGCAUGUACAAGGGAGUGGGUGCUUCCUACUUCCGCCUUGGCCCCCACACCAUCCUCUCACUCUUCUUCUGGGACCAGCUUCGAUUCCUUUACCAGACACACAAACAGUGACCCCUCCCAACCCCAAAUUCACCUGCAACACACUCCAUUUGGGAAGGGCUGCCCUUAUCUCACUCAAGAUGAUAUUUUUUUGGACCCUUCCAUACUUUUAGGUCUUAAUGAUUAAUAAUCAUUCACUCACCUCCCCCAACCUCCCUUAUUUUCAGGGUUGAAUCACCAUGUGGGGUACUCCUUUUCAUUCAUCCUGCCAUCACUCCUAGAAUCAUGCACAGCUUCAAAUCUCUCACCCUUACUCUCAGGGUUGAAUUAAUCUGAGGGAUAGUCUCCUUUCUCAGACUUCUAGCUUCCAGUCCCUAUGCACAGCUUUAAACUUUAUCUCCUCAAACCAAAGGGAAUUGAAGGAAUUCUUCAUUCUUCAUCCCUGCCUCUAGAUUUAAAGUGUAUAAACACUUCUUCCCUCCCCCCUUCACCAAAGUCACAAAGAGAUUGUAUUGAUAUAAAGCAAGUUUAUUUCUGCAAAA